UUUGGUAUGGCAACUUACAAGCCAAGGAACAUCUUAAUUACUGGGGCUGCUGGGUUUAUUGCAUCUCAUGUCACAAAUAGACUCAUUCGUAAUUACCCGGAUUACAAGAUUGUCGCUCUCGAUAAGCUCGAUUACUGCUCGAACUUAAAAAACCUUAACCCGUCUAAGUCAUCUCCGAACUUUAAGUUUGUGGAAGGGGACAUUGGUAGUGCUGAUCUUGUUAAUUACCUCCUUUUUACGGAGUCUAUCGACACGAUAAUGCAUUUUGCGGCCCAAACUCAUGUCGAUAACUCGUUCGGGAAUAGCUUCGAGUUCACCAAAAACAAUAUCUAUGGCACUCAUGUCUUGCUUGAAGCUUGCAAAGUCACUGGUCAAAUCAGGAGGUUCAUCCAUGUGAGUACUGAUGAGGUUUACGGGGAAACAGAUGAGGAUGCUAUUGUGGGAAACCAUGAGGCUUCUCAACUUCUCCCGUCGAACCCGUACUCCGCUACAAAAGCUGGUGCUGAAAUGCUUGUGAUGGCAUAUGGUAGAUCAUAUGGCUUGCCUGUGAUAACGACUCGAGGAAACAAUGUUUACGGCCCGAACCAGUUCCCUGAGAAACUAAUUCCGAAGUUCAUCCUCUUAGCAAUGAGGGGGAUGGUUCUUCCAAUUCACGGGGACGGUUCCAAUGUGAGGAGUUAUUUGUAUUGUGAGGAUGUGGCCGAGGCCUUUGAAGUCAUACUUCAUAGGGGUGAAGUUGGACAUGUUUAUAACAUCGGUACGAAGAAAGAAAGGAGAGUGAUCGAUGUAGCCAAAGAUAUAUGCAAACUAUUUUUGAUGGAUCCGGAGAAAAGCAUUGAGUUUGUUGAGAAUCGACCAUUCAAUGACCAAAGGUAUUUUCUUGACGAUCAGAAAUUAAAGAACUUGGGAUGGUCUGAACGAGUCAUAUGGGAAGAGGGGUUGAAAAAGACAAUAGAUUGGUACACCAAACAUCCUAAUUGGUGGGGUGAUGUCUCCGGUGCAUUGCUCCCUCACCCGAGAAUGCUGAUGAUACCGGGCGGACGACACUUUGAUUUCGAAGAACAGAACCGUAUGUCACACGUAAAUGUUCCUAAAUUGCCAAAUGGUAAAUCCAAACUUUAA